UGGUCGCUGCGCGCAGGCGCGCAGGGCGGCCCCGAAGCGGGUUCUGCCCCUGGAAGCUCUGGAGGGAGGCGGCUGCGGCGCCGGGCCGGCGGCUGCGUUUCCACGUGCUCUCCGCGGCCGGUUGAAACCGUUGGCGGGCUCGGGCUGAGAGGGUUCUAAACCUAACUUGGAUCGAGAAUACUUAACCAUUUAGCUAAAGAUGGUAUUUUUUACGUGCAACGCAUGUGGCGAAUCUGUGAAGAAAGUGCAAGUGGAAAAGCACGUGGCCGUUUGCCGAAACUGUGAGUGCCUGUCUUGUAUUGACUGCGGUAAAGAUUUCUGGGGUGACGACUACAAAAACCACGUGAAGUGCAUCAGUGAAGAACAGAAGUAUGGUGGCAAAGGUUAUGAAGGUAAAACCCACAAAGGCGAUAUUAAGCAGCAGGCAUGGAUCCAGAAAAUUAAUGAAUUAAUAAAAAGACCCAACGUGAGCCCCAAAGUGAGGGAACUUUUAGAGCAAAUUAGUGGUUUUGACAACGUUCCCAGGAAAAAGGCGAAAUUUCAGAACUGGAUGAAGAACAGUUUAAAAGUUCAUAAUGAGUCCAUUCUGGAGCAGGUGUGGAGUAUCUUUUCUGAAGCUUCUGGCAACGAACCGGUCAGUAAGGGGCAGGACCGACAGCCACUCAAGCAAGGGGCCAACCCGCCCGGCGUAGAACUUUCCACAAAGGUUCCAGCUUCCCACACAAGUGACCCCCCAGAAAAGCAAGCAGAGGUGAAGAAGAAUAAAAGAGAAAGGAAGGAAGAAAGGCAGAAGAAUAGAAAAAAAGAGAAGAAAGAACUAAAAUUAGAAGGCCACCAGGAGAAUUCAAGGGGUCAGAAGCCUAAGAAGCGCAAAACAGGGCAAGAACAAGAGGCCGAUCAGGAGGCUGGAGGCGAGGCCCCGGGCUCUGCAGGGAAGAAGAGCCAGAGCAAGGGGGGCAAGGCCAAGGGGGCGGUGGACGGAGCCAGAGACGCCAAGGAGGAGCCGACGAAGCCGCCGCCUGGGAAGAGAAAGAAGCUCGCGGACGAUGAAGCAGAUACCAAGAAGAAAAAGAGGAAGCUCUCAGGACAUUCUGAGGGUGGAGAACCGGAAAACCACGGGGCUCCCGCAAAAGGUAAAUUCAACUGGAAGGGAACUAUCAAAGCAGUUCUGAAACAGGCCCCGGACAACGAAGUAGCAAUCAAAAAGCUAAGGAAAAAGGUUUUAGCUCAGUAUUACACGGUGACAGAGGAACACCACAGAUCGGAAGAGGAGCUCCUGACCAUCUUUAACAAGAAGAUCAGCAAGAACCCCACCUUCAAGUUAGUAAAGGACAAAGUCAAGCUUUUGAAAUGAACGUUUUUCUACUCAAAAGUUGAAUCCAUUCUGUUGAUUUUUUUUCACUGCUGUUUGUAAAACAUGUAAUGAGUUACAACAACUCCAAUAUUGCUUUUUCAAAGCUGUAUUUUUAAGUUACAGAAAAAGUCUAUUUUUGGUAGAACUUUUAUGAGAAAAUAAAAUAUAUUCUUAUCCAAAAUUC